UAAUUUUCAUUUUUUUACAAUCUAUUUCUGUAUUUAUUCUCUCCUUCCCAUGGCUUUCUUCUCCAAAAAUUCAAGAACCAUAAUCAACAACCUUAAAUCAAAGGCGGGUUUAUCGAGAUUAAUGAAACAGAGCCGUAAUUGUUGUUCCAUGUCUUGCCUGAAUAACACUAAUUGUUGCCGCUUCAUCCCAUUAACUACUAUACCACAACUCAGAAACCCAGAUUCAUAUUCCCAUAAAAAAGGUUUCUUGUUCUGUUUUCAGCGAUUUCAAUCCACCACAAGUGAACAACAGUUUGCUUCUCUCCCUAACGGUGAACACAAUCAGGAAUUGGAUUUCCCAGGAGGAAAAGUUGUACUCUCUCCCGAAAUGCAGUUUUUAUCCGAAUCUCCCUGUGUGUAUAACCACUGCUACCGAGUUCUCGAUGAUAAUGGUCAGCUAAUUAGUAACAGCAACUUUGUACAGGUCAGUGAGGAAAUUGCUGUUAAAAUGUAUAGCAACAUGGCCACCCUUCAAAUUUUGGAUACCAUAUUCUAUGAAGCUCAAAGGCAAGGAAGAAUUUCCUUCUAUGUGACCACCAUUGGAGAAGAGGCCAUCAACAUCGCAUCGGCAGCAGCACUUAAAUCAGAUGACAUUGUUUUCCCUCAGUACAGGGAGCCGGGAGUUUUACUAUGGCGCGGUUUCACCCUUCAAGAAUUUGCAAACCAGUGUUUUGGAAACAAAGCUGAUUAUGGGAAAGGCAGACAAAUGCCUGUUCAUUAUGGAUCUAACAAGCUUAACUACUUUACUGUAGCAUCGACAAUUGCCACACAAAUUCCCCACGCAGUUGGUGCUGCGUAUUCUCUGAAGAUGGACAAAAAAGACGCAUGUGCUGUCACUUACUUUGGCGAUGGCGGCACAAGCGAGGGAGAUUUCCAUGCUGCUUUGAAUUUCGCGGCCGUGACAGAGUCUCCAGUCAUUUUUAUCUGCCGGAACAAUGGUUGGGCAAUUAGUACACCCACUUCAGACCAGUUCCGAAGUGAGGGGAUUGCUGUUAGAGGGCAAGCUUAUGGAGUCAGGAGUAUUCGUGUAGAUGGUAACGAUGCACUUGCCAUGUACAGCGCAGUUCAUGCUGCUCGUGAAAUGGCGAUAAACGAACACAGACCCAUUUUGGUUGAAGCUGUUACAUAUCGAGUUGGACACCACUCCACAUCAGAUGAUUCCACCAAGUACCGUCCUGCAGAUGAGAUCGAAUGGUGGAAAAUGGCGAGAGAUCCUGUAACAAGAUUUAGGAAGUGGAUUGAAGCAAAUGGUUGGUGGGGUAGUGAGACUGAGUCACAGCUCCGAAGCAGCAUUCGGAAUCAGUUAUUGCAGGCAAUUCAGAUAGCAGAGAGAGCUGAGAAACCUCCAGUGAAUGACUUAUUCACGGACGUAUACGAUAAUAUUCCAUCCAACCUGCACGAGCAAGAAAAAUGGCUGAGGGGAACCAUCAAUAGACACCCCAAAGAUUACCCUGCAGAUGUUCCGGUUUAAGUGAACCGUAUACUUGCACGCUGUAAUUUAUUCUCUGUAUAAGCUUGAACUUGUGAUCCUGCAAAUUAAUCAGGGUAAUAUGAAGCAGACCCUAUAUAUAUUAGAAAGCAAGCAAGCUUUCUUUGAU